CCUUACUCCAAACCUCGCUCUCUCUGCGCGGAAGCUAGGGUUUUGUUCAUUCGUGAAGAACGAGUCGACCUUCACUUCGCGAUAAGAGUUAGCAUCGAGCCUUAACAUUUAGCAAGAAUAAGGUUCAAGAAACAUGCCUCCUCAAUCAUCAGGUCUCCUUUCUGAAAGAAGAGAGUUGAUGGGAAUGGGUGGAGUAGGGAAAAAGAAAAUUGUUGAGGAGUUGCAGGGUUUUUGUGACCCAAAUCCCAUAGAAUAUACUGAUGUGGAUGUAGGAGAACAACCUCGUAAGCCUGGGCUACAAUCAGAAGCAAGCAUGCAGCCUGUAAUUACUGGGCCUACAGCCUGGUGGGAACAACCUCGUAAGCCGCUACAAUCAGAAGCAAGCAUGCAGCCUGUAAUUACUGGGCCUACAGCCUGGCGGGAACAACCUCGUAAAAGCCUGGGCUUCAAUUAGAAGCAAACAUGCAGCCUGUAAACUACUGGGUCUACAGCCUGGUGGGAACAACCUCUUUGACGUGGAUUAUGUUGAGGAAGAUUUGUAAUGUAGCCCUCCUGGAAGGAUAGGGUUAUAUGUCGUGCCAGCGUUAUGCUCGGUAUGACAGUGGAAGCAGCAAAAGGACAAGAGCACGCUAAGGAAUUGUAGAUAGCAAUCAUCAAGGGGUCCCAUUGUACUCGAAACGGCUUUAUUUAUUCCUACAGGAGGUUUUUGUGACCCAAAUCCUACAGAAUGUACUAAUGUUGAAGGAGUGUUGUACUGGGCGUUCGUUGAUAUGGAUAAGAUUUGUGAACAAUAUCAGUAAUGAUACCAAGGUCCUCGUGGAAGGAUAUGGGUAUCUGUUGUGCGAGCGUCUCAGCUACGCUCCGAAUGACAAUGGAAGCAGAAAAAGGACACGCUGGCGAAUUUUAGGUAGCAAUCAUCAAGGGGUCCCAUUGUACUCAAAACAUCUACCUUACUACUUGGCUAUGGAUAAUAAUUCCGAUUACCCAAGUUAUCGGGGUAGAGACCCUUUAUAAUCGCAAUUCUUCGGUUCUUAUUUUGUUAAGCCUUCCCUGAAUCAGAGUUUUGGCUUUUUUGUUUGCUCAGUUUUCAGCAAUAUAGUGCAACAUAGAAUAUAAAUUUAUAUUUUUAUUGAAUUGUUUUCAAUAAUGCUUUGUAAAAUAGAUAUAAACUGUAAAAAAUGCCUUGUUUUCUAUAUUUUCAUAUAGAGUAAAA